AUGAUAUGGUGGGGGGAGGGAUAUAUCUUGGAAAUCCAAGCCAACGGAUUAGUGGAGCGAUUUCACUGCCGCCUGAAGGAAUCACUGACAACCAGAGUUAACGGGCCAAAUUGGAUCGACCAAUUCCCAUGGGUGAUGCUGGGAAUCCGCACUGCUCCAAAAGAAAAUCUCAACACUUCCUCUGCGGAAAUGGUGUACGGUGAUCCUCUUACAGUGCCAGGAGAGUUCCUUCCGAAUACGAAGUCAGACCCGGAUGUCAAAAGGUACCUCGCUCAACUAAGAGACAGCAUGGACCAGUUGCGCCCUGUUCCCAUGUUAACACACGGUACACCCAGACCUUCCGUAUCAAAUUAUCCCCGCACGGUUGACUUUGUGUUCGUUCGACGUGACACACGGCGAAGACUCCUCCAGUCACCCUACGAUGGUCAUACAUAUCAAGUCAUACAUCUGGGAGAUAAAACAUUCCAACUCCUAAUUGGCGGACGACAAGACACAGUCUCCAUCGAUAGAUUGAAAACCAGCCCAUCUCGACAUUGA